GGCCUUACCAUCCUGGGCUACUACCUCAUGGUGACUGCGCCGCGGUACGAAAACACACGGCUGCACAAACAGGACGAGAAAGCGCUCCUCAAUCCCCAUUACGUAGCAAUAGCCAUGAUAACCGAAAGCUGCAUCGAAAUAAUCUUCUCAGUCAUCCUUCUCAUUGGUGUAAUAAAGGCCAGCUACCGGUGGCUACUUCCAUGGAUCGCAUGGUGCUUUUUCAACAUUCUUUAUAUUUUCGUCAUCGCAGUCAUGCAGGUGCUGGCCGCUGUCUUUGCCUCGGUGCGGCUUGGAUAUGUGAUCCCGGUCAAAAAAGUUGAUGGGUCCAACAAGAUGUUUGGGAGCAACGGGAGCGAAAGGGUGCCUAGUGGACUUCAACUGGUGUGUAAUGAAUGA